GCCUAAGUUUGUGUCCUACUGCCGCCAUAUUUGAAAGGGAACGCAGACGGAACAAUUAUUACGACAUUGUAUUUCACUUCUGACCACACAGGUGGGAUCGGAAAUGGAAACCAUGCUUUUCAGUGAAAUCUCUAUAAACAGUGAUGGCUGUUGUCUUGUUUGUCACGACGACACUGUGUACAAAGUCAAGGUCAUCUUUGGUCAGGAGGUCAGGAAGUGUGACAGCAUGGAGUUCCAUUUAGAACUGGAGCAGGUGUUUCGGGCUGUACUUCAUUUAGCUCAGAGUGAUAAACCCAUCCCACCCAUAUUCACCAAUCACUUGAUGGUGAAGCCUCUCAAAAAAGACUGGGCUAUUUGUCAUAAAAUUGGGUUCCAACAGAACGGCAAAGAUUUGCAGACGUCAAGAUAUUACUUUCAGUUUCAUGUAAGUGAACGGCCAGUCUGGAAAACCACCCAGGACAAAGUGUUAAGUGGUAAGAAACCCAUCUUCACCAAGAACCAUGAAACCACAGGUAAGCAGACAAGGAAGAAACCAACUAGAAAUAAUGAGAGGGACGACUCAGAAUUCCCUGACAGGGAAUCUGAGGACAGAGAAUUCGAAACCAACAGUAGACAGCCUAAGAAUAGGGAAUUGGAAAAGCAGCAAACUUCUAGUAGACAAUUACAUAAUGGAGUUGGGUACAGUGGCCAUGGGAAUUUGGAUAAGGGACAUACUCAUUGCAGGAAAACGGAUAAUAGAGAGUUACAGAGAAGGGAAUUGCAGAAAAGAAACUGUUAUGCGAGGGAACAAGAGAAUAAGGAGACAGUGAGUAAAGGGAAAAACAGGACAGCAUCUAGUGACAGUGAAGAUGAUCAACUGGAAAGCAGAAGAUGUUUAAGGAGGUCAGCUAGAAUAAGUGAUAUUAGUAGUAAAGAAAUUGACUCAACUGGACGCCGAAGUAUGAGAAAACGCGUUGAAAGAUCUGCUGUUAUUGAGUUAUCACAAUCUGGGGUCACUGAUUUAGACAUCACAGGUGGUACAGAAUCUGGUCCCACAAAUCAGGAGGACAACUGGAGACAAAAGAGGAAGUCUAGCAAUCUUAAUGUUGACGAUAUUACAGGAUUUUCUUAUAAAGUGAAUAAGUUUCGCUCAAAAAUAUAUGGUAGAGACGACCAGUUGGGAAAGAACAAUCGGCAUGUGCUGUACAGAGCUGGUGGUUGUGGUCAUGGUACAGAACGGCCGCCUCUGAUCAUGGAGCUGCCAGAGGUGUCUCCCUCAGAUGGGACAGCAGAAAUCCCCAACAAAUCAAAACGGAAGAGGCCAUCUGACACUGACCAAACACUUACAAAAGACCAGACCAACAGUUCAACAGAAAGGUGUGGUGGUUUAACGGCUUCUAUUCCGAACAACAAACCAACCUAUGAUAAUGUUCAGACCACAGUCAACCCACGUAGGAAUCAGGAUGGGUCAUCAGACUCUCGUCAAUCUGGUACGUCAAGUACAGAUAGUCAGAGCCUGAGGGAUGGAAGGCGGAAGCAGAAUACAUCUCAAUCGAAUGGUCACAAAAGACUCUUAGGGUCAUCAAUCAAAGUUCAAAGGUCAUCAGACUCACCAAAAGGUCACAGGGCCCACACAAGGUCAUCAGAACCUCCCAAAGGUAGAAAGUCAGCUUCACCAGCUAAAGAUGUAAAGAUUUUCACAAGGUCAUUGACAUCAUCCAAAGGUCACAGGAGUCAAGCAAGGUCAGUAACACCAUCCAAGGGUCACAGAGGUCGAUUGAGGUCAGCAACACCAUCAAAAUCUCUCAGAGGUCAAUUGAGGUCAGCAACUCCAUCCAGUCACAGAAAUGGAAUGCGGUCAGCAACAACAUCAAUAGCUCGCAGAGGUCGUAUGAGGUCCGCGACACCAUCUGAAGGUCACAGAAUUAGAUUGAGGUCAGCUAUAUCAUCGAAAGCCCAAAGUGAUCAUUUGAGACCAGCAACACUCUCAAAAAGUCUCAGAGGUCGGAAGAGGCUAGCUACACCAUCUGAAGAGUCGGAGCGACUGUUGAAUAUGACACACCCUGAAGAGCAUGGUAUUCAGGUUAAUGAUGUCGAUCGUUAUUUGGUUGAACAGGAAGAGCUACAGGAAAUGUCUAAGCUACAGAAAAUGGCUUCCACACAUGAAAAGCAAAAUGGUUACCAGACUCGGGGUCGGAAGAGAUCGGGACUAUGGAAUUUUGUGGAUUCGAUGAUUAUCACGCCUGCCAAAAAAAUGUUUAAAAGGAUUUGAGAUACUGGGUUGUUUUAUGUCAUGUAGUUUACAGAUUAAUGAAAAACGUCAUUAUCUGCCGUUUCCGCUCAACAACUCUAGCAAAUAUUAGCCAAAUUCCUUCAAACUUGAUAACAAUGUUUGUGUUCCUCUGUCU